AUGGCGGAUCUAGAAAGCUUAAGCGCCCUUGGGUGCCCGAUGCCGUUCGUUUCGGAUACGCAGGUUCCUUAUACUGUUGGUGAACUCGCCGGCCGCUUCUGCGGCAACAUCACCCAAGGCCUCGCGUGUUGUCUGCCGUGUCCGAUUGAGGAUUGGAUUUAUUCUGAUAAUUUCUCCCACAACCUCUCCAUCGCGUACUGGUUCAACGUCCCCGCCUUGGUCCUACAAGUGUUCCUCCUCGUCACCUUUGCGGUCCUGCCGAAGGAAGUCAGUCAUCGGCAUCAUUUGAGCGUGGGGUUGUGUGUUGUUUUGAUUAUGGCGGAGCUUUCGUUUAUCAUCCCUCUAGGCACGAAACCCUCCCUCUGCUACGAUGAAAUCACGCCGGGGGAUAUGUACACGAGCAUGUCCUGCGCCUGGUCCGGAGCCCUCCUCGUGACAGGCGCGAUGGGUUGUGCGGUUUGGAUCAUGCUCCGCUCCCUCUGGACCCACCUCCGCGUCUGCUGGGACGUCAAACAAACCACAACCCUCUUCCUCCUAACCCAAGCCACCGGCUGGGGCCUCCCGGGGCUCUUCCUCGCCCUCUGCAUCCCCAUCACGGGCGUCUCCUACCGCAUCGGCGCGACCUGCGUGCCGAACCAGAAAAACGCCUUCGUGACCUGGUUCGGCUGGCUCAUCGCGUUCGCGUGCAUCGCGGCCCUUCUCCAAUUCGUCACGACGUUUUUCUGUCUGUGGUUGUAUCUUAAGGAUGUGCUUUGGGGGAAAGGAGGUUCUCCGCUCGGCACGAACGAUACGACGACCACGACGUCCCAACAAGACCGCACGCUCGCCUGGCGCCGCGUGCGCAAGGUCCUCUCGCUGCAAUGGCGCAGCAUCGUGCUCACGACCCUCGUCAUCAUCGAGUCCGUCUACUUCGGCGUCGUCUUCAUCCACGAGACGUCCACGGCCGACCGCCUCUCGAGCAACUCCCAGGCCGACGAGAUCCUCGAGUGGGCGUUUUGUCUCGUGCGGAAUGAGGGGCGGAAGGAUCGGUGUUUGAAUAUCACCAAGGUGCUCGGGUUGAGCGAGGAGUCGAUUUUGGCGAGUUUCUUUUUGGCGGCGCUCAUCGGCCUCCUAACCUUCACCCUCAUGCUCCGCCGCUCUAUGCUGCAAGGCUGGUCGACCCUCCUCUUCCACCCACGCCAACGCCGCCCCUCCAUCGGCGAGCAAGACUUCAUCAUCCUGUCCCCGAAACGCAGAUCUUUCGGGAGACAGCUCGAGUCCGAAAAAUCACCACCACAACACCAACACCAACAACAACCACACCAACCAUACUUUUCUGCUCAUCCUUCUCACUCAAAUCUUGACAGUAGAGCGACUCCCUUCCGUCGUGACGGGCCUUUACUUCAUUCGCCUGUGAGUCCUAUUACGCCGACGGGGGUUUUGCCGGAUGAUGUGGCGACGCCCGUGGGGGAGCAGCAGAGGACGUUGAGUGUGCCGCAGGCGGGGGAGGUGGAUCGGAGGCAUGAGACGACGAAUUGGUUUGAUGAUGAGGAGGAUGAGGAGGAUGGACGAAGGAGAGGGGAUAGGAGCGUAAGUAAGCUGGAUGAUUUCGCUUGA